GCGUUUACUGACAUCUAGUGGAAAAAUAACAAACUAAAAGUAGCGAUAAAAAAAAUUUAAAUGUAUUUUUUUUGACAGAUGUCAUUAUUAACAGUAAUGGCCGCGCAGCUGAACCGACAACCGUAGAUAAUAACAAUAAUUACAAUAAUAACAAUAUUUAUUACAAUAAUAAUAACAAUAAGUAUGCAUAAUAAUUGAACGUGAAACUAUUUUCAAAAUUAUAAACACUCAUCACGCCUUUUGUCAAAGUUUAUUGCUUUAUUUGACAGUAACAAUAAUAACAACAAUAAUAAUAAAAAUAAUAAUUCUUCACUGUGCCACAAAGUACUUAAUGUAAUGUGAAAAAUUUAAAAAAAAAAAAAUGCCAAGUUUAAGAAAAAAAGUCGUAGGAUUUAUGCGACAACUGUCAAUAAGUAACUUAACGGCAGCGGUUGAGAAUAUUGGUCACAAUGACAACACACUGACUCCCAGGUCACCGCCGGCGGAUUUUCCUGGUGGUUGUUUUGUGACUCGUUACUUAAAUGGAUUGGAGGAAAAAAUAGAAGGCCCAGUGAUUCUCCACGGUCGAAAUCCCGAGGAACUCCCGAUCAAAGUCUUGGAAAAGCUGGACGACAAUGAAGAAGUUUUUGCAGCUUUCACGGGGCCAGAUCGUGGGUUGACAACUGUCAAUUUGAAGCAGAAGCACUUGAGUAUUAGCGAUCCGGAUGUUGAUUACAUUGAUAUUCUUGAUCAGAAUGAUCAGGAAGCUACAGUUAACACAUCAAUGGAUUGCAUUUUUUCUGUGGCUGACAAUCGUUGGCUGCUGAUCCGUACAAACGAGUCAUGCCCGAUAGACAACAGUACCAUAAAGAUCCGAGCUGCUGGGAAGCUAUACGAACCAGACAAGAAGUACUCUGCUGAAAAUAACGAGUACACGUUCCAAGAAGUUGACCAGAAAAAUUCUAACGUAAAUUUGAACGGGAAGAAAAUUACCGGCGUGAAAUUUCUCUGUGAAGAUGAUAAAAAGAGUGAUGAUUUUGUGGACAUGGCGACUAUCGAUGAGGGAAUUCAAGCCUCGAGUGACAGCGGGGACAAUGUUGACAACUCGGAUGAUGAUAACAAAAUUGACUUGAUCCGCGUGUCUGAUGAUACGCUUGGUAACAUAACCCCGACAGAUGUUGAUGUAAAUGAUAUUAUUCCGCCGCCAAAGGAUUUUGCAAAUGACAUGAUACCACUGAGAAAAUCUAAAAGUGCUCCGGCGCCCUUCAAAAAUGCUCAAAAAGCUUCGCUGUCAAGCAACGAGAUGAUAGCGGGAAUUGAAAACUGGUUUCUACCUCACGAACUAGCCUAUGGAAUUGCGACGACUUUGUACGAGAAAAAUCCGACCAAUAAUGUAACCAAUGGAGAACCUAUUGCAGACUGCUUUGGGAUCGCUGCGCGACCUAAUGCAGCCAUUUUGAUUCUAGCCGAUGGUGUCAACUGGGGUGUGAAAGCCAGCUUAGCAGCGCGCUCAGCCGUCCAUGGAAGUAUGGAGUACCUGAACAAAGCUUUGUUCACUCCGGCAAAUAACAGUGGCGUAACGACAACAAAAGAUGUGUUUGUUGCACUACUCCGUUCAUUCCACGCCGCUCACUCGAUGAUUCUUCAAGAACAAGGGAUGCUUACCACCCUGACUGUUUGCGUUGUCCUGCCAAUUACAAGCUCUGAUCCUAGCAAACAUAAAAAAUAUGUUGCUUGUACUUGUAAUGUUGGCGAUAGUCUUGCUUAUGUUUAUUCCAAGAAAACUGGAGUUAGAGAAAUAACGCGAGGAUCUCAUGAUAUUUAUUGCAUGCGUGACAUGCGCGACGCAUUAGGAGCACUGGGACCUGUUGACGGAUGCAAUCCAGAACUGAAUAAUCUAACUCUAGCAAUGACAGAAGUUGAUGAGUCAGACAUUGUAUUUUUAACAAGCGACGGAAUUUCUGAUAAUUUUGACCCCGUGGUGGGUAAAUUUGCCAUACUGCCUGCCAAUAGCCAUAGUAGUAAUAGUCAGCGUCCGGGAAGGAGUGACGCCAGACAUCACACGCGCAUGCGCAGCAGUUGUUCCGACAACAAUGACUUGCCAGUGGUCGAAGCUUAUCAGCGACACGAACUUACGUUGCUGCGCAUGGAAGACUUACUAUCACGAGGAGUUUCUGGUGACGGUCCACCCUGCAAUAGUGCCAAAAAAUUGUGCGAGUUGGUACUCGAUUUUGCUGUUCGUAUUACAGCCGCCAAAAGACGUAUUUUAGAAGACGCUGACCUAUACUACAGCCAACACAAAGACGGACAGUUGGUACAACUGUCAAAGCUAGAGCAGCGCUCUCGCAGGAAAAAAAUGCUUGACAAAAUGUCAAUGGUGCCAGGUAAAUUGGACCACGCAACAAUAGUUGCCUACGUUGUCGGUUCAUUCAAAAAUACUGAUUGAACAAUUUUAUUACACUAUACCUAAACUCCAAAUUUUAUCGCAAUACAAUAUUUGUUAAAUAUUUUUUUCUUAUAUAUUUAUAUUAACAUUUACAGAUUUUCUAUAAAUAUUUAAUUAUUAUUAUAUUUACCAAGUAGUAUAUACUAAUGUCCUAUUAAUCAAAAGUUAUUAAUCUCACUUAUUAAUAAUUAUUGUAUUAAUUAAUUAAUUCACUGCCUAAUUAAUUAUUUUCGAGGCCUACGGAUUAAAUAAUAGGAAUUGGAUUUUAAUUGUUUAUUAUUAAUAAACUGAUGAGAAUCAAUAUUGACUUAUUGACGUAAUAAACUAUUGAUAAUAAU